UGGAAAGAUUUUCCUUCACUUUCUGUCCUGGAGGUGCAAUAGGUAAUGAAAGGUACUCUCUCCAAAGUGAGCAGAAUUCCCAGUUACAAUGGCAAAAAAAGUGAAAUGCUAUACUCCUGUGUCAAAAAGAUCAGUGAUGUCUAUGACCAGGGGCGGACUGACAACUCAUGGGGCCCCCGGGCAAUAGGGGAUCAUGGGGCCCCUGUGUCUUUGCCCAAACUUAAAAAAGCCUAUGAAAAAGGUACCAAGGGCAUCUCAUGGGGCCCCCUACUGACCCCAGGCCCUCGGGCAGUGCCUGAGUUUCCAAAUGGUCAGUCCGCCCCUGUCUAUGAC